GAGGGCUAUCGAAGAAUGACCAAUAGGCGGCGGGCAGCGCAGUUGUCGGAUGCGGCAACGGUGUACCUUCUGUAUGAGAAGGCGGGGAAGAAGGCGCCUUCACCGGCCGCGCCGUUUCCUCCUUUCCUCCUUGCAUGUGUCUUGCAAACGAGGAGGGAACAGUCGCCUGCGGGAGCCAUGUCUGAAAGCGGCUCCGCGUCCGCCGCCGCUACCAUCCCUAAUGGCGGGGGCGCCGCUCGGCAUCCCGGCAACCUAGUGACUGUAGUCCUGGGAGCACAAUGGGGCGACGAAGGGAAGGGCAAAGUGGUGGAUCUGCUCGCGCAGGACGCGGACAUCGUCUGCAGGUGCCAGGGAGGCAAUAAUGCUGGACAUACGGUUGUUGUAGAUUCUGUGGAAUAUGAUUUUCAUCUGUUACCCAGUGGUAUCAUCAAUCCAAAAGUCACAGCAUUUAUUGGAAAUGGUGUAGUAAUUCACCUGCCAGGAUUGUUUGAAGAAGCAGAGAAAAAUGUUAAAAAAGGAAAAGGUUUAGAAGGCUGGGAAAAAAGGCUAAUUAUAUCGGACAGAGCCCAUAUUGUAUUUGACUUCCACCAAGCUGCUGAUGGCAUUCAAGAACAACAAAGACAAGAGCAAGCAGGGAAAAACUUGGGAACCACAAAAAAGGGAAUUGGUCCAGUGUAUUCUUCUAAAGCAGCUCGAAGUGGGCUCAGAAUGUGUGAUCUAGUUUCUGACUUCAAAGAAUUUUCAGAAAGAUUCAAAGUGCUGGCCAAUCAAUACAAGUCUGUUUACCCUACAUUAGAGAUUGACAUUGAAGGAGAAUUGAAAAGAUUAAAGGGCUAUAGUGAAAGAAUCAAACCGAUGGUGAAGGAUGGGGUAUAUUUUAUGCAUGAAGCUUUGCAUGGCUCUCCAAAGAAAAUUUUAGUGGAAGGUGCAAAUGCAACAUUAUUGGACAUUGAUUUUGGCACUUAUCCUUUUGUGACCUCGUCAAAUUGCACUGUGGGAGGUGUUUGCACUGGCUUAGGUAUGCCACCUCAGAAUGUGGGUGAAGUAUAUGGAGUUGUGAAAGCAUAUACAACUAGAGUUGGGAUUGGUGCCUUUCCUACAGAACAAAACAAUGAAAUUGGGGAAUUGCUACAGACACGAGGAAAAGAGUUUGGUGUGACCACAGGCCGAAAGAGAAGAUGCGGCUGGCUUGAUCUCGUAUUGCUUAGAUAUGCUCAUAUGAUCAAUGGAUUCACUGCACUGGCUCUUACCAAAUUGGAUAUUUUGGAUGUCUUUCCUGAAAUUAAAAUUGGGAUUGCCUACAGAUUAGAUAAUAAAAUCAUACCUCAUUUCCCAGCAAAUCAAGAAGUCUUAAAUAAAGUAGAGGUGCAGUAUGAGACCCUCCCAGGAUGGAAGAAAGAUAUAUCAAAUGCAAGGACAUUUGAUGAAUUGCCUGUAAAUGCACAAAAUUUUGUUCGAUUUAUAGAAAUGGAGCUCGGAGUUCCAGUUAAAUGGAUUGGAGUAGGAAAAUCCAGGGAGUCGAUGAUCCAGCUCUUCUAAAGAUAUUGGAUAGUUUGAAGAAAGGAAAGCACACUCCACAAAGACUGCUUGUUCACAUACACAUUCACGCAGACACAUGUGUCUUAACCCAAUAAGCAAUUAUUUGGAUGAGGAAAUUGGAAACAUCUUGUAAAACAACAAUGUAAAACAACUAGAGGUAGUCUGGGAAAAAAAACAGUUGUUGCUAUAAAACGUUGACAGAUCAGUAUCAUUUAUCUUACUUUGUCAAAAGUUCUAGUGGCAAGUAAUGCCACCAUUUGCCACUGAUACUUUUUCUCCAGAUGUAUCCCCAGGCCUUUUUUCUGUUUAUGUUUCUGACUCUACUGUACGUCUGCUUUUGGUGGUAUUACUUCCUGAAAUUUUGGAUGCUUAAGAUAAUGCAGUUUUGCACAGAGUUUUACAUCUUCAUUUGUACUCCUAAAGCUGUUAUACCUUGUAUGGUUGCUGACGUAGUGUGUGAUUAAAGAGAGGGGUGAUUUUAUAA